AUGAAGGAUAGUUUGACAGGUUGGAGAAAUGAAAGUAUUGUCGAUAGUGUGCUUUCUGGUGGUUAAGAAAUAAUAAAGGGAUAGUUGCACAUAAGCGAACUUUAAAAUUAUGGAAAUAUCCCUUUAAGAUUUAACAAUGAAUCAUAACUAAGCUAGAUAACUGAGAUCCAUUAAUAGAGUGGAUUGAUUGUAAAAAAAGAUUUGAAAUUGCUAGAUCAAAAUGAAAUGGAUCAAAUUGAAAUGCUAAAUAGAGCCUUGGCCUAAGAAGACCUUGAGAAUCAGAUUUAAAAAAACACAGAUGCAGCUAAUUAAAUUAAAUAAUAUUCAAGGAACAAACAAGAAAAAACAUACAAAUAAAAUAAAAAGCGAUAAGAGUUUGAGACUCCCAAUAAGCUUAAUAUAAGUUUAGACCCAGAGAUUGAUGCAGAGACCUAACAACAAUUAAAGAUGACUUCUAAGAAGAAUAGCACAAAAGAACUCUUAGUCUACUUAGAGAACAGAUAAUUAUAUAAUUAGCAAAGAAUAGCACUUAAAAAUUAAUAGCGCUUUUUUAAUCGGAACUCAAUAGACAAAUAGAGUAUGAGUCGAUUCUCAGAUGAAAAUGGUCAAUCCAAUUAGUAAACGGAAGAUGAUAGCAAUUAGAUAUAGUUAAUGCUACCAAAGCCUAAACUUAUAAAUUUUGAAAGUGUUUACAUGCAUGCUCUUGAAGGUACACCUUUUCAUGAAGGAAGAACUACACCAGUUACACAGAUAAAAAAGUAAUAGAGAGUAACUGUCUAAGACCUAAUGCUAAUGAAGGAUGCAUUCAUUCCAAGCAAGAUGAAGCAAUCUUUAAGUCACUAAAAAUUAAAUGAUUCCUUAUAAAUGAGAAAUGCCUUGGCAAAGUAAUAAUAGCUAAACCAGAUAACUGCAGAGCAUAUUCUUUUGGAAAGAUCUCUAAAAAAGCAAAUAAAUAGAUUUUCCUCUAAGCAAGAAAUAUCCCCUGUCAGAGAUUAGAAAUAGAUCAUGCUUGAGAGGAAUUAAAUGAUUGAUACUAUGAGUGGGACUCCUAAUUUAAAAUCCCUCAAGCACUAUAAAUAAAUUUUCUCACCUGAAAAACGCAAAAUUUUCGCUCUUAAAAACUAAAUUAUUAGCUAAGAAAUGUUGAUUGAAACACCUAUUAAUGAGUAACAGGGUUAUCGCUAAAAAAAUGUUAUCAAUAAAAUAUCUCACAUCAGAGAUGAUAGCUAAGAUGAUCUGAACAGAUGA